GGCUCAGCUCGUGCUUAGGAGUGGGGGGGCUUCGGGGAUGGCGGGCGUGGAGGGCGACGAUGCCGGCGCUGUCUUGGAUCACAUCGUCACCCAGUUUAACACUUACGAGGAGUAUUUGGAUUCUCAGAUCACCACGCAGGACCUCUUUUAUCUGGAGAAUGAAGAAAUGGCCCGCCAAUUGGUAGAGCUGGGUUUUCGAGGAAGUGGAGAAGUCUUGAAAAGGGAAGAUUUCAUCGCCAGGAAAUUAGCUGCUGAAGCAUCCAGGAUCUCAGAGAGACAACAGCAGAAAAUUUUGUCAAGUGCUGGGAAAGAGUUGAAAGAUAAUUUUCUGAAGGCCUUGGCGGAGAGGGAAGAAGCCAACCGUAAUGGGAAAGUGUCUUCCAUAAUCUUCAUUCGCGAUCGAAAUGCCCGCGGCCAGGAGGUCUCUGCCUAUAUUGAUUAUGCCCAUCGUUUGAAGGUGGAUGAAUUUGAUGUCUAUUUCAGCGGAAAAAAGAAACUUUUCCCCAGGCGCAGCGAUCUGAGUUUCUACAACUGGGACCGAAACCUCUGCUGCAUGAAUUCAAGCCCAAACUACCAGGUGGUUGCAGAAAGUGCAUGUGGCUUACUCUUUAAGAACAAGUCUGACAGGAAGAUCAUUAAUGUGGAUCCCAAGGCAUUUCCCGGAGACAACACAACACGGAUUCCAAUCAAAACAGACCUCUACCUGCAAGUGGUUAUCUAUGACCAUGUCCUCAGAAGAAAAAUCUAACUAUCAGUUCUCGUGAGGGACUAGAUGCAUUGGCAGAAAUCUUUGACUUACCGGAAACCCUUGGACGGCCUUCCAAGAUCCAAAUGAAACAAGCAUUAAGAUUGCAAAUUUAAAUAGCAAGACCUUUGCAGAAUGCUUUCUCGUGGCUAUUUGUUACAGGUUUGUUGUGUUUCUUUGCCGGCUUCAAAUCCUUGUAGUUGCACAAGUAAUAUUAAAAAAUGUGUGCAGACACAA